CAAUAGAGAGAAAGAGGGGAGGGUGAGGACUUUUUCUCUGAAAAGAAAAGGGAGGAGCAGAAAGCACCUUCUUUUUUACCCCAAGGAUUUGAAGAGAGAGAGAGAAGGGGGGGGUUUUAUGCCCUUGCUUCCCUAAGCAAUGAGGAAAGAGAGAGGAGCAUAGCAAGAGUUUCUCUAUGAUUUAACAGAAGUGAGAGAAUGGAAUGGGGUUCUCUCGGAUAUUUGCAUGAGAAAUUUAGAGAGAGAAAGUUUUGCAGGAGAUAAAACAAUAGGAGAGAAAAAUAAUAUAUUUGUUGUAGAGCGAGAUGUGGAAUCACAGAGGUGGUUUAGAGAAGAAAGAAGGUGCUCAUCAUCAUGAGAAUGAGCAUGAGCAUGAGCAUGAGCAUGUGGCUGUGGCAAUUGACAAGGACAAAGGGAGCCAAUAUGCUCUGAAGUGGGCAGUCGAUCACUUGGUCACAAAGGGCCAAACCAUCACUCUCAUUCAUGUCAAGAACAAGAUCCAAACAGUGCCUACACCAAUGGGCAACCAUGUUUCCAUAUCUGAGGUCAGCGAAGAAGUUGCAAGCGCGUUUCGGGAGCAGAUGGAGGCGCAAAUCAGAGAAUUACUUAUGCCUUUUCGUUGCUUUUGUACUCGAAAAGAUGUGCACUGCAAGGAUGCGAUAUUGGAGGACUCAGAUGUAACCAAGGCAAUUAUUGACUAUGUCGCCUUGGAAUCCAUUGAUAAUCUGGUUCUUGGGGCCUCCACCCGAAGCUCAUUUCUCAGAAGAUUCAAGAGUCAUGACAUACCAACAAGCAUUUCCAAGGGCACCCCGGAUUUUUGCACUGUUUACGUAAUCUCCAAAGGGAAGCUGGCAUCCGUUCGUUCUGCCGUCCGUCCGGCUCCACCCCCACCGCUCCGCAACUCGUCUCCCCGCAAUCACCCCAUCACUGCAUCAAAUAUACCUUCUCCGAUUCAUCCAAUUAAAGUAGGUGCAGGACAUGAACAAAAACGACUUGGAGACCACAGUGACCCUAUCAUGUCACCAUUUGCAAGGGGAGGGAGAGGUUCAAAUCCAAGGUUAAGUGAGAAUACAAUGCCAGAGAGCGAUAUAUCCUACGUGAGCCAUGGAAAGAAGAGCGCUGAUCGUUUUUACCCAGCUUCGCUCUAUGAACACUUUGAAUCAUCAAGACCCCCCAGGCUUUCAAGUGGAGCCCAUAGCAUUGAGGAGGACUUCAACCAUAAUCAUAGCUUUGAAUCCAUACACUCAGGGGACCACAAGUCCAUUGAUUCAGCCUCCACUGCACCUGAAUUCUCCACAGUUUCUCAAGAGAUGGAAAGUAGGACGUCAUGGUCAUCGCAAACAAUGGAAGAUGUGGAAGCUGAAAUGAAGAGACUGAGGCUAGAGCUGAAGCAGACUAUGGACAUGUACAGUUCAGCAUGCAAAGAAGCACUCAAUGCCAAGAAUAAGGCAAGAGAGCUUCAUCUAUGGAAGAUGGAGGAAGAACAUAGGCUAGAGGAAGCAAUGCUGGCCGAGGAAGCUGCCCGAGCUGUCGCCGAGAAGGAGAAAGCUAAGUGCAAGGCAGCCAUGGAAGCAGCUGAGGCAGCCCAAAGGAUUGCUGAGCUUGAAUCACAAAAGAGAAGAAAUGCUGAGCUCAAGGCCCAAAAGGAGACAGAGGAGAAGAAGAAGGCUUUGGAUGCGUUGGCUCAUACAGAUGUUAGGUAUCGGAAGUACACAAUAGAGGAGAUAGAGACUGCCACUGAUUUUUUUGCAGAAGACCGUAAGAUUGGUGAGGGUGGAUACGGUCCGGUAUACAAAUGUUACCUUGAGCACACAUCAGUGGCCAUCAAGGUACUGCGCCCUGAUGCGGCACAAGGGCGGAUGCAGUUUCAGCAAGAGGUCGAAGUCCUCAGCUGCAUAAGGCACCCCAACAUGGUCCUUCUUCUCGGUGCUUGCCCAGAGUAUGGGUGCCUGGUCUACGAGUACAUGGCUAAUGGAAGCCUCGAGGACUGCCUCUUUCGAAGAGGCAAUUCCCCUUCCCUUACAUGGCAACAACGCUUUCGCAUAGCCGCUGAGAUAGGCACCGCUCUCCUCUUCCUCCAUCAAACCAAGCCCGAACCCCUCGUCCAUAGAGACCUCAAACCGGGUAAUAUACUCCUUGAUCACAACUACGUUAGCAAGAUAAGUGAUGUCGGCUUAGCCCGCCUUGUACCCCAGAAUGUUGCCAAUACUGUCACACAAUAUAGAAUGACCUCUACAGCGGGGACGUUUUGCUACAUUGAUCCUGAGUACCAACAAACAGGUAUGCUUGGUAUUAAGUCGGAUAUAUACUCCCUGGGCAUUAUGCUUUUGCAGAUGAUAAGUGCUAAGCCACCUAUGGGAUUGACCCAUUACAUUGAGAGGGCAAUUGAGAAGGACACAUUUAAGGAUAUGCUUGACCCAACGGUGCCAGACUGGCCUGAAGAGGAGGCCCUUUCCUUUGCCCAACUUGCACUAAAGUGCUCGGAGCUUAGACGAAAGGACCGGCCUGAUCUUACGAAGGUCAUAUUGCCUGAACUCAACAGGCUAAGAGCAUUGGCUGAUGAAAGCUCGCCAUUUACAGGCAGAAGCAACCAUGCCUCCCCCCAUCACAGCCGCCCCUACAUUAUGCAGGAAGUGAUGAGUGAUCCAAAUUUUCUACAUGAGGAUGGUGGAGCAAGUAGACACUCAAGUGGAGUUUUUUCGACUGGGAGGAGGACAUUCCAUAGCUGAUUAAGUCAGAAACCAGAGCCAAAUACUGGGGCUUCUUUACUUCAUGAUAGAUUUAUACUGUGUAAAAAAGAGAAUAAAGAGAAAAAACCUCAUGUUUGAGGUUCUCGGCAGAUUUUUCCCGUUCAUGCCAAACGAAAGAGUUGAAGAAAGGAGCUAAAGAUUCCUUGGCUUUCAACACCUACAACAUGCUGCUUGGCCAGCUCAAGGAACAGCUCUUUUGCUCUUCAUUUCUUUUAAUUUUUACGUUUACGUUUAAUAAGGCUUUUCUUGCUUUGUACUAAACACAAUAAGACGUGUAUGCCAAUGGAAAAGCAGAAA